AUGUUUAAGGUCUCUACUCUUUCCCGUGGGGUUUUGAAUCUCUCCAAUACAUUUACAAGGACUUAUAGACCGAUGACUCGUUGUCGAGGCACUAAUACCUUCACAGCUAGUUCUAAGAGGCCAUUUUCGUCCUCAUUACUACUCCAGCAUGGUCAUUUGAAGAAACCAAAGAAGGGUGAAGAGCUACAUGUCACUUAUAUUCUCAAGGAUGGCACUCAAAAGACAUUUGAAGUCAGCGCAGGCGAAACUCUAUUGGAUAUUGCCCAAGCACACAAUCUAGACAUGGAGGGAGCCUGUGGUGGCUCUUGUGCCUGCUCUACAUGCCAUGUCAUUGUCGAUCCAGAUUACUACGAUGCCCUACCAGAACCAGAUGAUGAUGAAAACGAUAUGCUGGACCUAGCUUACGGGCUCACAGAGACAAGUAGGCUUGGCUGUCAAAUCAAGAUGUCCAAGGAUAUAGAAGGUAUCAGAGUCGCAUUGCCCGCGAUGACCAGAAACGUUAAUGCUAACGACUUCAAUUGA